AUACUCUCUCUAUUCCUCACAAUCGCGCAUCUCUCUCUCUCUCUCUCGAUCAAAGCUAUUAGGUUUUUCUGAUUUUCUCUUUCUCUCAGCCUUUUGAAUUCGGUUCUUCUCUUCAUCAAGAUGCAGAUCUUUGUCAAAACUCUUACUGGAAAGACCAUAACUCUCGAGGUUGAGAGCUCUGAUACAAUCGAUAAUGUCAAAGCAAAAAUACAGGACAAGGAAGGAAUCCCACCAGACCAGCAGAGGCUGAUCUUUGCUGGAAAACAGUUGGAGGACGGUCGUACUCUUGCUGAUUACAACAUCCAGAAAGAAUCAACCCUCCACUUGGUUCUUCGUUUGAGAGGUGGGAUGCAGAUUUUCGUCAAGACACUCACUGGGAAGACCAUAACUCUUGAAGUUGAGAGUUCUGAUACCAUAGAUAAUGUGAAGGCGAAAAUUCAGGACAAAGAAGGCAUUCCCCCAGAUCAGCAGAGGUUGAUUUUUGCUGGAAAGCAACUCGAGGAUGGCCGAACUUUGGCCGAUUAUAACAUUCAGAAGGAGUCUACACUCCACCUUGUUCUCCGCCUCAGGGGUGGUAUGCAGAUAUUUGUUAAAACUCUUACAGGAAAGACAAUUACUUUGGAAGUUGAAAGCUCCGACACAAUUGACAAUGUCAAAGCGAAAAUACAAGACAAGGAAGGUAUUCCUCCAGAUCAGCAGAGGCUGAUCUUUGCUGGAAAGCAGCUUGAGGAUGGUCGAACAUUGGCUGACUACAACAUACAGAAAGAGUCCACCUUGCAUUUGGUCCUCCGCCUUCGUGGUGGAAUGCAAAUCUUUGUAAAGACCCUCACUGGCAAGACUAUUACUCUCGAGGUUGAGAGCUCUGAUACAAUUGACAACGUCAAAGCAAAAAUUCAGGAUAAGGAAGGUAUUCCACCGGACCAACAGAGGCUUAUAUUCGCUGGAAAACAGCUGGAGGAGGGCAGGACUUUGGCUGACUAUAAUAUCCAGAAAGAGUCUACUCUUCAUUUGGUUCUAAGGCUUCGUGGAGGGAUGCAGAUUUUUGUGAAGACUCUGACAGGAAAGACCAUCACCCUUGAGGUGGAGAGUUCUGAUACCAUUGAUAAUGUUAAAGCAAAGAUUCAAGACAAGGAAGGGAUUCCUCCAGAUCAGCAGAGGCUUAUCUUUGCAGGGAAGCAACUCGAGGAUGGCCGCACUCUUGCUGAUUACAAUAUUCAGAAGGAAUCAACUCUCCAUCUUGUCCUCCGCCUUCGUGGUGGUAUGCAGAUUUUUGUGAAAACUCUGACUGGGAAGACAAUCACUCUUGAGGUGGAGAGCUCCGAUACCAUCGAUAACGUGAAAGCUAAGAUUCAGGACAAGGAGGGUAUCCCACCAGAUCAGCAGAGGCUCAUCUUUGCUGGAAAGCAGCUUGAAGAUGGCCGCACCCUGGCUGAUUACAACAUUCAAAAGGAGAGCACACUGCAUCUUGUUCUUCGCCUUCGAGGUGGUAUGCAGAUUUUUGUGAAGACGUUAACAGGCAAGACAAUCACACUCGAGGUGGAGAGCUCUGAUACCAUUGACAAUGUGAAGGCAAAGAUUCAGGACAAGGAGGGGAUCCCACCUGAUCAGCAGAGGCUCAUCUUUGCAGGAAAGCAGCUGGAGGAUGGUCGCACACUUGCAGACUACAAUAUCCAGAAGGAGAGCACUCUGCAUCUUGUUCUCCGCCUCCGUGGUGGUUGUGUUUAGUGGUGGUUGUGUUUAGCGGUUUCAAAAUUGGCACUAGUACAAUCAAGUUGGGUUUUACUAUGGGAAGAUUUAAAUAAUAACUGCUUUAUAUUCUGUAUGCUUUGCAUUUUGAUGUUUUGAGAUAAUAGACCCUUUUAUUCUCUGUUUGAGUUUUCAUGGUUGUUUUGAACAUUAUUUUCUCUAAUUGUGUUUCAUAUGUGUGGUACUCUUAAUAUGAUAUAUGAUUUUAGUCUGA